CUGAGCUCAGCUACUUCUAGGGUUCCGUUCUAGGGCGAUGACACCCUGAUUGAAAGGGUUCACCUUCACAAGCUUUCCCUUCCGCAUUAUUUGAAUCAUAUCAGUUGUCUUAGAGAAGCAACAAGGCUUUGUUUGCUUCAAUUUGCAGGCCUUUUGAUGGAGGAUCUUACCGAGUAUGAGAAGCAGCGGGCGGCCCGCCUGGCUGAAAACCAGGCAAUGCUGGCGAGCUUGGGACUCGAACAGGUGGCGCAAGAAUUUGAGCAAGUAGUUUCGAAAGAAGAGGACUUAGCGGAGGAGCGUGUAAAGGAAGCCGAGCAGAGGUUACGAGUUGCAAGCUUGGCGAUCGUAGGGGGGGUCAGAAGGUCUUCGAGGCUGAGAAAAAGCGGUGCAAGCGAUGCGGGUCAGGAUGACGAUGCCAGCAUUCAAAGGGUUGAGAUUUUGGAGGGACAGGAACUGGAAGGAGUGGGUUGUGUGCAGGGUAGACAGGAAGGUUUGCGAGAAUUUGAAGGUUUGGGUAGAGAUUCUGAGGGUCCAAGUGGAGGGGAUUCAGAUGGAGGAGCAAGCGAAGACGACUAUCGUCCGGACCUCGAUGAGCUGAGCCAAGGGGAGCUGGAAAGCGAACCUGAGGCGGCAGACGUGUCAGAGGGAGAGUUGGACUGCGCCGGGAGUGGUGGUAUGAUGGAUGGAACGGGCCAGAAACGGAGGAGGAAAAGUAGCGCUUCCAAAUGCGCCUCCAAAGUCUCAAGAAAGAGAAAGCAGGCAAUCAAUAUGGCUGGGCCAGUAUUAGACGAAGAUGAGACGAACCUGCAAAUGGCCUUAGCGCUAUCCCGACAAGACCUUGGCACCUCCCCCGCGAACAACAUCACCCAGAACGAGCCCAGCACUUCGGCUCCUGGAAUGACAGAAGACAAAGAGACCGCAAAGGGGAAGGGCAGAAAAGCCCCCCAGCCGCAGACCGAUUUCUUCUGGAGCACCGAGGAGCAGCACAGAGAGAUCCAAGCUUUGCACGCUGCAGAAACGGGUGCCCUGCGGUCCGUACCGCGGGAAUCGUAUUCUGGAUUCGGGGGCCGGGCAGGUGCGGGACAACUAGGGAUGGGGGCAAAGGUCGAAACCAGUGCUGCCGGUGGCUAUAAAGAAAACGGUGCAAGUUCCGGAGGUCUGAGCCAAGACGACCCACGAGUUGAGGCAGGGGCCGGGUUAGGGGGCGACAAGCAGGGAGGGGCCGGUUUAGCGGGCGGGUUAAGGGACGGGUCAGGAGGCGCGACGGAGGCUGUGCAAAGUGAGGGAAAGGGCGGGAAAGGGCGGAAGCAAAAGGGGAAGAAGGUGGCUGCUCAGCCGCCGACUUUGGACGAGAUUGAUGCGCUAUUCCACUUGUUUGACGAUCGAGGUCGUGGCCAGCUGUCAGUCGCCGAUGUGCGCCACGUGGCAGAAGCGCACGACUUCACGUGGAGCGACGAGCAGCUCCAAGACAUGGUCGGGAUGUUCGACGCCGACAAUGACGGACUGAUGGGGCAAGACGACUUUCGUUACCUGGUACAGCACUGCCGAGUGGCCCUCAACUAGGAUGGCGUAGUUUGUUCGCAGCGCCAUUGCGAUCGGCCUCCCAGGUAACGAAUUCAUUGAAAUCUGUAACACUGAAUAUAAUGCACGAGCUCAUCGGCAGCCCGAAAGGUCCAAUUCCCGAAUCCAGUGCAUUGAACAUCAUAUGCGGAGUGGCCGUGGCC